AUGUUCCGUCCCGCUGCCAGAGCGCUCGUUCUCCGCGCGCCUGCCGUUGCAGGCCGUGGUCCGGCCGGCUCGCGAUUGAUAAGCACAGGCCCGGCGCCGAAGUCGAGGUCUUGGAAGAGCACGGCUGUGCGGUUGGGAUUGGCGGCUGGCGCGGUGUACUACUACAACACGAGCAGCGUGUUUGCUCAGGAGCCGACGUUCCGGGAUGAGUCCAUUGGUAAUCCAUUGGCAGUGCAAGACAUGACACAAAAUGCUGAUUCAAUCAUCUCCAUAGUUUCCCUCCGCCCGAAGCCCCAAAAAGACUCUGACAAUGAACUCUCCACCCAAACCCUCGACUCCAUCACCCCCAAGAUCCGGGAAGAACGGCAGCAGCAGCAGCAUGCCGCCGCAUUGGAAGGUGGCCUGAACCCACAAGAGCUGGAGGAAGAAGCCGGCCAGGAAGCCGCAUUCAACCCGGAGACGGGCGAAAUCAACUGGGAUUGCCCGUGUCUGGGCGGGAUGGCCCACGGCCCGUGCGGAGAGGAGUUCAAGGCUGCGUUUAGCUGCUUUGUGUACUCGCAGGAGGAGCCAAAGGGGAUUGAGUGUAUUGAGAAGUUCAAGGGCAUGCAAGAUUGCUUCCGACAACACCCUGACGUCUACGGAGCCGAACUGGAAGAUGAUGAGGAGACCGAAGGCGCUGUUCCCGCUUCCUCCCCCGACACCGCCGCCCCCGCUGCCGAAGGAGAAGCCCCCUCCGACUCCGAUGAGAAGCGUGCUCGCGCCAAGGACGUCCACGCUCAAAUGAAGGCCGAUGCCGCUGAGAAGGGCGAGCACACUGAUAGCGAACUCCUGCCCAAGGCUGUGCACGACGCCGAGGACAAGAACGAGCCAUUCCAGAAGACGGAGAAAUAA